UAGACCCGUGGAGACUGGAAACCGAAGCCUUUUGGCCUUCGCCUUCUCCUUCGCAGAUUCUUGUCCUGUCUUUGUAUACGUAUCCAACAGCUAUCCACAGAGAGAGAGAGAGUGCCUCAAAAGAAGCCCUAAUGUGGGGAUUCCGAUUGCCCUCAAGGUUCUACAUCGGCAUACACUUUUCUUACAAGGGUCCCUACAAUUUCGCAUCAAAAUUAGGAUUCGUUAGCUUCUAGCAUUGUAGAUCUGGUUGGUGGCGAGUUGCAGAUGGAGGGAAGCUUGCUUUCAUUGAUCCUUUGAAGGUUCGGAAAUUUUAGAUUACUCGACUUUGGCUGUGUCUGAAAGGGUAGGGGAUUUUUGGAAGAUUUUCUUUUUCUUCGGGUUGUUGUUGGUGUUGUUGUGGUUGUUGGUGGUGGUGGUGGGACUAAUGGCUGAUCGUAGUGUGGUUGCCAAACCAAUAUGGAUGAAGCAGGCGGAAGAGGCGAAGUUGAAGAGUGAUGCUGAGAAAGAUGCGGCUGCCAAAGCUGCUUUUGAGGCCACCUUCAAGGAUGUUGAGAAGAAGAUGGAGAAAGAGUCUGCUUCUUCGGAUAGUGAGGCAGAAGAGUUCGAAGAAGUGGCUAACAAGCCUAUUGGGCCUGUUGAUCCUGCCAAAUGCACUGCCGCUGGUGCUGGGAUUGCUGGUGGUACUGCUGGUGCUCCUUCGUCUUUUGUCGUUGUGACUAAGGACAUUGAUGGUAGGAAGAUACCCAAUGGAGGUGCUCACCUUAAAGUCAAGAUCUCCCCUGGGGUUGGUGUUGGAGGUUCUGAUCAGGAAGGGAUGGUGAAGGAUCAGGGAGAUGGGAGUUAUACUGUAACUUAUGUCGUUCCUAAGAGAGGCAAUUACAUGGUGCACGUUGAGUGUUAUGGGAAUUCCAUAAUGGGAAGUCCCUUUCCUGUGUUCUUCAGCCACGGCACUACUGGAAGUUUGCUGGCUAUGCCAACUUCUGCCCCAUACCCCAAUCUUGUUAACCAGACAAUGCCCAACAUGCCGAAUUAUUCAGGAUCUGUAUCGGGACCUCUUGGAUUAGCUGGAAUGAUCCAAGGAAUUGGUACUGGUCCUUCAGGAGGUGCACUGUUGCCUGGCUUAGCAUCCCUUGGAGAAGUUUGUCAGGAAUAUCUGGCGGGGCGAUGUGUGAAAACUGACUGUAAGUUAAAUCACCCACCCCAAAAUUUGCUGUCGACAUUGGUGAAUACGACAACCAACAUGGGAACUUUGAGUCCUGCUGCUGCUGCAAUGGCUGCUGCUCAGGCAAUUGUUGCUGCACAAGCGUAUCAAGCUCAGGCACAGGUGCAAGCUCAAUCGACGCGAGAGUCAUCUGGUUUGACUUCUUCCUUGGCUUCACAUAUAUAUUUAAAUUAG